UAUUCUCAUUUUGUUGAGGAGUUUCCUUCGAUUUUCCUUUCAUUUAGAAAAUUUUACUUCCAAACUUUUUUCCUUACAUGACUUUGACUUGGAACAGUGAACAAAGACAGGGCUUAGAAAUUAAGCCUCCUUCUAUUAUGCCGACUACUUAAAUCCUGUUGCUGAGCAAAUAAUAACUUUAAUGCUGAUGUUUCAUCUUUUAUUCAUACCAAGGUUUAGAGCAUAGCAGAAAUUUCAUGUCAGGAAUGAGCAGUUACUUUCUCAAAAUAUUGUUUGCAGUGUUUGUGUGCAUUCUGCAUACCAAACUAUUCGUUCUUGGAUUCAACUCUCUAUCACAGAGUUCACAAGUUAAAUGCUUACAGAGGGAAAGACAAACACUCCUCAAUUUCAAACAAAGUGUUCGAGAUUACUAUGGCUUGCUGUCCACGUGGAGGGACGAUCAAAAUGACACAGAUUGUUGCACAUGGAAAGGUAUUGAAUGCAACAAUGAAACUGGUCACGUAGAAAUGCUUGAUCUUCGUGGUUCAGAAUCGCAUUAUUUGUCAGGUUCAAUUGAUAUCGAUUCAUUGGUUGGCUUGCAUAAAUUGGAAUAUUUGGAUCUCAGCUUUAAUGAUCGUUCCAUUGAAGGUCAAAUUCCACCAUCCAUCGGCUCCUUUCAAAGCUUAAGAUAUCUCAAUCUGUCACAAACAAGUUUCUCAGGGACAAUUCCCUAUGAACUGGGAAAUCUGUCAAAAUUAGAGUAUCUUGAUCUUAAAACAACUGAUCUUGACGGAGAAGUUCCUUCUCAACUAGGGAAGCUUUCAAGUCUGAAAUAUCUUGAUCUAAGUGAAAAUGAUGAUAUGUAUGGAGAGAUCCCUUCUCAACUUUCAAGUUUGUCACAUUUGAGAUAUCUCGAUCUUUCAAGAAAUAAUCUUUCUGGAGCAAUUCCUUCUCAACUUGGAAGUCUGUCACAUUUGAGGUAUCUUGAUCUGUCAGGAAAUUCGCUUUCCGGAGCACUCCCGUUUCAGGUCGGAAAUCUUCCUCUCUUGCAUUCUCUUAUACUUGAUGGAAGUUAUGGUCUUAAAAUAAAAGAUGAAAAUUGGAUAUCUUCUCUCUCUUCGUUAACAACUCUCAGUCUCCAUUCCUUUCCUUAUCUUGGCAUCUCUAAGACCUGGCUUCAAAUUAUCAGUGAGCAUCUUCCAAACUUAAGAGAGUUACGUCUAGACAAUUGUGCACUUUCAGAUGGUGAAAUUUCAAUUUUGUUUCCUUCUCAUUCCAACAUUUCCACUUCACUUUCCAUCCUCGAUCUCUCUUCUAAUAAGUUAACGUCAUUAACAUUUCAAUUGUUGUCCAACUAUAGUCCUAAUCUCCAAGAGCUUUAUCUUUCUGGUAAUAACAUUGUUCUGUCGUCUCCUCACUAUCUAAACUUUCCUUCUCUUGUGAUCCUUGAUCUCUCUUAUAAUAAUCUGACUCAGACAUCAAUAUUUCAAGAAAAUCUCAACUUCAGCACCAAACUGCAAGCACUUAAGUUGACUGAAUGCGGCCUCACUGAUAAAAGCUUUCUUAUGUCAUCUGCUUACGUUAAAAAUUCUCAUUCUCUUCUCACCCUUGAUCUCUCGGAUAAUUUAUUGAAAUCAUCCGUUGUAUUUCAUUGGCUUUUCAACUUCACCAUCAAUCUUGAAAUCCUUUCCCUUUAUAAUAACUUGAUAGAAGGUCCCAUCCCAGAUGCAUUUGGGAAAGUAAUGAACUCUCUUGAAGUUCUCAUACUGGACACCAACAAACUGAAAGGCGAGAUUCCAGCUUCCCUUGGGAACAUAUGCACAUUAAAGACAUUAUACCUCAACAGUAACAGUUUGAGUGGGAAAAUUUCUAGCUUCAUUCAGAAUUCCUCAAGGUGCAACAACCCUGCACUUGAGACGCUAGAUUUAUCUAAUAACUCGAUAAUUGGAAAAGUACCAGAAAGCAUUGGGUUGCUUCAUCAGUUGCAGUCUCUUCAUCUUGAGGAAAAUUAUUUGGAGGGCGAUAUCAAUGAAUUGCAUCUCACAAAUUUGUCCCAAUUGUUAGACCUAGACUUAUCAGACAACUCAUUGUCAUUGACGUUCGGUACAACGUGGUUUCCACCUUUCCAAUUAUUUAACAUGGGACUGGCUUCAUGCAAGUUGGGUCCUAGCUUCCCAAGCUGGCUCCAAACUCAAAGUCAACUAAGCUUCCUUGAUAUUUCUGAUGCGGGGAUUGAUGACUUUGUACCAGAUUGGUUUUGGAACAAGUUACAGUUUAUAGAAGAAUUGAAUAUGUCUUACAACAGUCUCAAAGGUUCGAUUCCAAAUUUAACGAUGAAGUUUCUCAGGGAUGGUCUAAGUGCAAUAAUUCUAAAUUCAAAUAAACUUGAAGGUGUAAUUCCUACUUUUUUAUCACACGCUCGAUACUUGGAUUUGUCAGGAAAUAAGUUUUCAGAUUUAAAUACAUUAUUGUGCAGAAAUAGAGUAACAAAAGGUAUGAAUACUUUGGAUUUAUCAAAUAAUCAAAUAACGGGACAGCUGCCUGAGUGUUGGGAACAUCUAAGUUCACUAGCAUUUCUUGAUCUAAGAAAUAAUAAAUUAUCUGGAAAGAUUCCACAGUCCAUGGGUACUCUCGUUAACUUGCAGGCUUUGGUCCUACGAAACAACGAUUUUAUUGGAGAAGUACCACCCACAUUGAAGAACUGUUCAAACUUAGCUUUAUUAGACGUGAGUAAAAAUUUGUUGUCUGGUCCAGUACCUUCUUGGAUCGGGGAAAAUAUGCAACAAUUGAAAAUCCUGAGCUUGCGAGUAAAUAACUUCUUUGGAAGUGUUCCUGUACAACUCUGCUAUUUGAGUCAAAUUCAAGUCUUUGACCUCUCAAAGAAUAACUUGUCAGGUGAAAUACCAACAUGUUUCAGAAAUUUUACCACAUUCAUGGAAAGGAUCGUAAUCCCGAGGGAAAUUGUAAGGAAACGAAAAAUUUCAACUCAAGAAAUUUAUGCAGAUAUUUAUGACUCUUACUUGUUAUUGUCGUGGAAAAAUCAGGAUCGUGAGUUUUGGAAUCCAGAGAAUCUUCUUAAGAGCAUUGACCUCUCGAGUAACAGUUUAACAGGUGAAGUACCCAAAGAGAUUGGCUAUUUACUUGGAUUGAUUUCUUUGAAUUUAUCAAGAAACAACUUUCAUGGGGAAAUUCCUUAUGAGAUUGGGAAUUUAAAUUUGCUAGAGUUUCUGGACUUAUCAAGAAAUAAUUUGUCAGGCAGUAUUCCUUCCACUCUUUCCAACAUUGAUCGUCUUGGUGUGUUAGACUUAUCAAACAAUAAUCUGAGUGGAAGAAUCCCUUGGGGAAGACAGUUGCAAACCUUUGAUGGCUCUAGUUUUGAAGGAAAUGUUGAUCUUUGUGGUGAGCAACUCAAUAAAAGUUGUCCUGGAGACAAGACACAAGAACCUAAAGAACCAGCCACUGGUGGUGAAGAAGACAAUUCAAUUUUCUAUGGAGGAUUUUAUAUGAACUUGGGAGUAGGAUUCUUUGUAGGCUUUUGGGGCUUGUUAGGGUCAAUACUAAUUUGGCAACCCUGGAGAAUUUCUUAUAUGAGAUUCUUGAACAGACUCACAGACUACAUUCUUGUAAUGGUUGAACUGAACAUUAACAAGUACCAUAGGCAGCUCAAAGGAUAAAAGAAUUUGCAGUAUAUGGAAGAUGAUGAAAGCUGCAUGAAUUACUGGAGUUGUAUUGAGAUUCACAAUGUAAUGCAAAAUCAGUGUUUCAAAAACCAAAUUUAUUUCAUUAUCUUCGAUUAAUGUAAGCGUAACUUUUCUUAUUUCUUCUUAUAAUGUGAACGUUUUGCAAAUUGACUACCAACGUUUUGCAAAUUUUCCAUGUAAGUGUCAGCAUUGAUGGAAACAAAAACAAGUUUGGUUGCAAUAAUGAAUGAGAGAGUUUUAUGGUUCA